GUGAUGAAUGUUUGUACGAAAGAUUUCCUGAACUUCCUUUGGAGGAAGCAACAGAAGCUGAUGGAGAGCCUGCAAAUGUCCAGUGUCCAACAUCUGUCAGCAUUCAAGAGCCGUCUUCUCCAGCAACCUCCAGCGAAGCUUUCACACCAAAGGAGAGCUCUCCUUACAAGGCUCCAAUAUAUAUUCCCGAUGACAUUCCCAUUCCUUCAGAGUUUGAACUCCGAGAAUCUAACAUUCCUGGAGCGGGAUUAGGGAUAUGGACCAAAAGGAAGAUUGAAGCAGGGGAAAAAUUUGGCCCUUUUGUAGGAGAGCAGCGGCCACACCUUAAAGAUUCCAGUUAUGGUUGGGAG